AUGGAGAGCGGGCUCGUUACGGACGGAGCCCGGAUACAUCAUUCUGUACAUGGAGGCAAAACACCCCGGUGUUAUCCUAGAAGUGCGUUAUUCACAAAGAUCCAAGCUGCAGCGGACCCAGCGGACGAUUAUAUUCUAGAUACCAAUGGGAACAUGAAAGGGGUGAUUGCCCUCAACAUUGAGUAUAGCGGGUCUAAACAACGACCAGAGGAUAUAAUUGUGGAUGGUGUGGAUGAACUUUACGCGAUCGCUAAAGUCGAAGCGCUGGUAUAUGUCCUUUCAGCUGCAGAAUCUGGACUUCUAGUCGAGGAACCAGCAUUCCGACUGUCGCUUAGGGACUUCACCCCCAUCAGCGUAUCACAAUGGCACACUGACUUCGAUCAAUAUAUCUCUAUCCCAUCGAGGGAACUCUGUAGAUUUCUACCAUACGCCAAAGCAGAACAGCAACAAGAAUUGCUAGACCUAGAUCUUGUUGACUUAUUUCCCCCGGGGAAGACAAAGCGCUGUGAAUUUUAA